AUGGAAGCAUUGUGGCUACUCAGAGCAAUUUUUCCACUUUUAAUUACUGUGAUCGAAGGAGAGACACUGGAUGUUAUAGCAACGUUUGAUUCACAUCAUAACAAUUCCCAUUGCAUGACUUUCUUUACAGAAUUACAAAGUGAAAUCACAGAUGAAAAUCGAUUUGAUAUCUCAAUCUGUGUCAAUGAAAUUUUACGAAAGUACUUGAAGCCCGACUACAUGAAAAACUCAUCAACAAUCUUUCUCAAUUUACUUCCGAACUUUGAAACCACCUCAAUGAUGACACAGCAAAGAAUUCUUAAACUUCUCAAUGAAGACGAAACACAUCAAGUAAACUUAAUCAUCAAAGAUGACGCGCCACCGCAAGAAAACGAGCCAAAAGCACGUGAGAAAGCUAAGAAUUAUCUGAUUCUUGUAACGUUUCCAACGGAAAUCGUUGAGAAUAUCAAAAAGCUUCAAAAACUGAGCAUGUGGAAUCAUGAAGCAAAAUUCGUCGUUGUCGUCACUGAACGAUUUUCCGAUCAAUUUGAAAUGGAAGUGGUAGUUUCAGGAACUUUCAAGCUGUUCUUUGAUUAUUCAAUCUUAAACGUGUAUGUUCUUAUUCAAAAUCUAGACGUGGAUAAUUUAUUGCAGUCGUUCAUCUGGUAUCCUUACGAUGGAAAUUCAUGUUCCAAUAUUUUAUCGUACAACAAUCUAGAAACAAUUGAUGAAUGUGAAAUGUUUAAUCAUACAAGUGAAGGGGAAAAAAAGUUUGAAAUGCGUGAAUUAAUCCCAGAACAACCAUCCCAUUUACCAGACAAAUUCCAUCAAUGUCCGAUGAUUGUUACAACGCCUAUUUGGGAGCCUUUUGUGAUUGGUACAAGUGAAGCUCCGACUGGUGGAAUUGAAUUUCUUCUUAUAAAAACUAUAGCUGAGAAGCUCGAUAUGAAAUUAAUUUUUCGUGUUGUGGACGAUGCAACUGCUUUCAGAUUGGUCACGGAAGAUGAAGAGACGGGAUUUUAUUCAGAUUUAAUUAAACGAAAAAUCGAUGUGAUGAUUGGUGGAUUGUAUGAUAAUGAAAUCAGCAGGAAGCUUCUAAGCACAACAAUUCCCUACGAUUCUGAUGAAAUAACUUGGUGCGUCCAACGAAGCGGCUUAGCUCCAAACUGGAUGAAUGUUUUCGCUAUAUUUGACAUAAUGCUUUGGAUAUAUGCAAUAAUUUGCAUAUUUGGAUGUUCUUUGUUUCUCUUCAUUUCAGUGAAAAUUGAAAAUGAUAGAAAGGAAAAUUUCCUGUGGGCACUUAUGAUAAUAAUGUGUUAUUCAAUUGGAAUUUACGGACAUUAUGAUCCGAGACGGGGCUUCAUUCGUUAUUAUAUUGCUUUUCUCUGUUUUUAUGGCAUGCACUUUUCUGCAGCAUAUCAUAGCUUUCUGUUGAGUGUGCUGACAACGCCAAGAUACUCCCAUCAAACUGCGACUAUUCAUGAAGCCAUCGAUGCCGAAUAUCAUUUCACUGGUGGAGAAAAUUUGAAAGCUGUUUUUGAAAGACCAGAUAAAGCCUCGAAUCAUUUGAAAGAGGCUUAUAAACCAUGCUAUGAAAUGGACAAGUGCUUAAUGGAUAUUGAAAGAGAUGAGAAAUUAGCUGUUGCCAUAUCACGACAACACGCGACUAAUGCUCGAAUCCCUCUUAACGUUGAAAACAUGUAUUGCUUCGAUAAGGCUAACAAUAUCUUCAGCUUCUCUGUUGUGAUGCUUUUCAAAAAGGAUCAUCACUUGUUGCCUGCUGUUAACGUUCUAAUUCGUCGUAUAACUGAAUCAGGAUUUAUUUUGAAAUGGAAAGCUGACAAUGAGAAAGUUAAAAUUAAUGAGAUACGGAAACAGCGUGGAGAUUCGCAUGAAAACGCGGAACCGCUAAAUCUUGGACAUGUUCUUGGCUCUUUCGGUUUGAUGUUUGUAGGAUUUUGUUUAGCUAUCGGAGCAUUUAUCAAUGAAUGGAUUGUCUACUAUCUUGUGCAUAAACGAAAUAACAAAUUUCUUCAAAAGUAUAUUGAAGAAAAGUUUCUUUAUUCAUAA